AUGCCCAAGGAUACAGACCAGCCCGAGGGGGAAGGAGACAAGGAGUUGAAGGAGGAGAUGGCGCAGGACACCUCUGAGCAGACGGUGAGGAAGAGAGUUCGGGUGAGCACUCCCAGCCCGCACAGAGGCAACACUCCACAAGCCAGCCCUCCCAGGUUCGUCUCUGUGGAGGAGUUAAUGGAGACGGCUAAAGGAGUCACUAACAUGGCUUUGGCCCACGAGAUUGUGGUCAACCAGGAGUUUCAAGUCAAACCUGCUGAACUUCCAGAGGGAAGUUUGGAGCGCAGAGUGAAGGAGAUCAUGCAUAAAGCAUUCUGGGAUUGUCUGGAGGCUCAGCUGACUGGGGACCCACCGUCGUACAACCAUGCCAUCAAACUGCUAGCUGAGAUCAAAGAGGUACUGCUGUCGUUCUUGCUGCCAGGCCAUGGACGCCUACGGACCCACAUCGAGGAGGUUCUGGACCUACCUCUGAUCCAGCAGCAGGCUGAAAACGGGUCCCUAGACAUCAGUCGGCUGGCCCAGUUCAUUGUGGGGAUGAUGGGCUCACUGUGCGCCCCCUGCAGAGAUGAGGACAUCAGUAAGCUAAGGGAGAUCACUGAAAUGGUGCCUCUGCUCAAAGCGAUAUUCUCCGUUCUGGACCUGAUGAAAAUGGACAUGGCCAACUUUGCCCUGAGCAGCAUCAGGCCCCAUCUGCUGCAGCAGUCAGCUGAGUACGAGCGGAACAAAUUCCAGGAGUUCCUGGAGAAACAACCCAAUGCCUUAGACUACACUGAGAAGUGGCUUGAGGACACAGUGAGAUGCUUAAGAGAGGGUGGGGUGGAAAGCUCUCGUGCAGCCUCUUCUGACCCUCCAUCACUGCUCCCCCUCAACGUCCACAAUCAGGCCUACCUGCGCCUGCUGAGGUGGGAUCAUGCUGCAGACCCUUUCCCUGAGACAGUGUUGAUGGACCAGGUUCGGUACCAGGAGAUGCAGCAGGAGGCAGAGCGGUUAGUCCUGCUGUCCUCGCUGCUUCUUAUCGUGUACACCACCACAGGCGAAGCCAUCUCAGGCCUGACGGGACUGAUGGAUACACUUAAAAACACGGUCAGCGCAAUGCUUGCAGACAUGCACACACCAUCUUUUAGUACGGAGGAGGCCUUGGCGACCAUUGGGGAAAGAUUUUGUAUUGAGCUGAGUCAGUGUUUGAGCCAGCAUGGCUACUCUCCGUUCUCUGCUGACCGACAGAGCACUCUGAAGGGCCAGAUCUCAGCCACCGCCCAGCCAGACAACACUGUCCGCAAGCUGAUGGAUUCCCGGGUCCAAAGCUACCUUCUGGCUUCCUUGGAAUCCAGUUAUCAGAGGACCCCUCCUCCUCUCCCAGGAGGUCUGGCUCCAGUCAGCAAGGAGCUGAAGGAACUGGCUGUCCGGUUCUGCCGCCUGGUCAACUUCAACAAGCUGGUCUUCUCACCGUUCUACCAAAAGAUUCUCCAGGACGUCCUGACAGCAGAGGAGAGCUCCAGCACAGAGACUUAAACUCUAAACUGUGGAGGGGGAGCAGAACAGAGUGAGAGCGGUCUGGAGUUUUUCAACAAAAAAAAAAUCCUCCUAGUAUUAAUGGUUAAGGUUUAGAAAAGGAGAAAAGCUCAUGUGUAUCCGAUGCUUAAAGGCAGCUCCCAACAUAAUCGAAACCCCCUAAGAAUGGUUACCAUCUCAGCUGCAUUCACCUACAGUGUUGCUUAUUUGAUAAACUCUCUGUGUUACUUGAGUAAGUACAGUAUUACUAAUGGCUAUGGAGUAGUAUAGCACAAGUAAGUAAAAAACAAAAAUAGAAUGCACCAGACAACAACUUACUACAUGCUGCCUGCCUUUUUUUUUUUUUUUUUUUUUUUUUUUUUAAAUAAAAAAGGAAUUGUGUGGAAAUGCAGUGGACAUCAGAGUUCUGCCCACCUUUUCUAAUUCUCCAGCUUCUGGGGACUCGAGACCUGAGAUGAUUUUUUUUCCUUUUAUUUGGAUAAAAUUACCUGUAAAAUCAGUAAAAAUGCAAAUCUGACAAAGUAAUAGAUGUAGAAUACUAAUCCACCUUGUGUUUGGAGUUGUGCACAUCUUCAGCUGACACUUGGUAGAAGCAUUUUGCUGUCGUUAUAUCAGGAAGACAGUUUAGAGUCUCAGUUAUGAAUUUUCUAAAUAUCUUGUUAUCUGGAACAGUAAACCCCCAAAUUUGAUCUGCAUGGUUAACAAUAGCUACUGUGUUCUUUUGAGAGAGAGGGACUAUGUGUCCAGUGCGUCAAACAUAUCUUUUGGAAUUCAGAGCAAAAAUUCCUCCUUUGAUUUCCUGAGAUAAUGAGACAUUUUUCCCUGCAUGAUGGGACCGGAUGAACCCUGUCAGUCUGGGUGUCUUUAUGUCCCUUUCCUCUGGUGCCCUGAUCAGACAUAAAUAUGGCUUGUAUGUAAUUCCACAACAAAUUUGGUAAGCACAUUAAAGCUAGCCAGAGUAUGACCCCUGUCAGUUACGGUGAGCCUAUGACCUUUCCCCCAGCACCACCCUUUGGCCAAAAUGUCAGAUUUGACUCCCUGCGAUUGCCUUUGAUAGAUGUGUACCCGGAAGACUGUCUCAGAUGAACACGUCUGCUUGUAUAGCCUGCAAGAUGUCACAAAAUCUAAUUAGUUGAUUAGUGUGCUUUCAUACUCCUCAGAGGAAGACUUCUCCUGAUAGUGGUGACCGUGCAACCUUUUUCUGCUGGACCAAAUAUCAGAUUUCAUACCUCAAAGUCCACUGAGCAGACCUCCAUGAAAUUUGAUGUGCACUUCAUACAACCAAGAGCAUGCCCCAAUGUCCGGUUUGCCAUCAUCAAGACCUUUCCUCUUGCAUCACCGUAGGCCUCAGUGCCAAGUUGAUAUCUUUUAAGUUUACUGGGCCAUUUGUCAUUGAAUUUGGGAAGGACAUUCAUGCGACCAAGAACAUGCAUUCCUUCAGCUCUAGUAGCCUCAAGAUGUUUCCUUGCACUCCCACAAAGAGGAAUUGUAACACAUUCCCCUUUUAAUUCACCCUGUCGUUUUUGGUAACUUUCCUCUGGUGCCCUGAUCACCCUCAACCAAAAUGCAAAUGGGUUAUUGUUUUGUUUUUUAAUGUCAGGUCUCGAGGCUAUAAAGAAAAUGAAAAGGUGUGUAUGUUUAUGAUAUCCACUGAGUUUUCACAGAGGAGGGUUCUUGUAAAUGACUGAAUAUCAACUGGCCAGAGCAGACUGAUGCGUAUGGACGGGAAAUGGGAUUAGUGUUGACCAACUUGAAUUGUGUUAUGUUUAUUUCUGUUUUAUUAGAUAAUGUUCUUAUUAUUUAUGAUGUUAUUUAUGACCACAGAACAGUUCACUUCAGCCAUAUUAAAUAGCUUCCAGCUUGUCACUUGUCACAGCCUACUCACAGUGACUGUAACAGUUCUCCACUGACCCCAAGCAGAAUGACGUCUCUUCUAGUUAUUGAACUACAUGUCAAUAAAGCGCUGUUCUCUCCCAAACAGCAAAGCUAC